AUGCCUUCCUCCAAGUCCUCCCCUUCCGCUCGCCAAGCCGGGCAUACACUUGGCCUGACCCCCAGUGAGGUCCGCCUCCUGCUGCUGGCCCACCUCUGCAUGGACGAGGCGACUGGCAAGGUCCAGGCCGAGAAGCUUGCAGUCCGUGCCAGCCUUACCGUCUCCUCGGCCCGAACUAUGUAUCGGGCCGCGCGUGCGAAGCUGGCGCGGCUGAAUCCCGAGCCGGAAGCCAGCGCUGGCAGCCCAGAUGAUGCCGGCGCAUCUAGCGAUGGAACCCCUGCUCGUCCCCGCCGUGGUCGUCCUCGCAAGUCCGAGGUGUCCAAUGCAGCCGCCACUACUGAGCCACAGGCCAGUGAGGACUAG